AUGAGCACAACGGCCAAUUCACCAGUCACCUCACCGGUACCGGCAGGUCCCACCCCUCCUGGCACGCCAACCUGGGCCCAAAUCGUCAAUCUCUUCACAUCCACUCCAAGAUGGGUCAACCCAGCCAACGGCGUACGCAGCGAAGAAGUUCAAUCUCGCAUGGACGAAGCAGGCCAAGCGGCGGCGCACGUACGCUGGCAAAGCACCAGAGCCAUCAUCAUGCUCAUCAUCCAGGCCAUCACUGUCGUCAUCUGUGUCAGUUACGCAGCCCCGCUCUUCCAGACCUUCAUCGACAACCACUCAAUCGUCGCCAAGGACAUGACCGCGAGAAGUUGA